UCCAACCCCCCACCCAAGCACUACACCAUUUCUGACAAAUGGCAGUUGGAGCAUUGGCUGAAGGAGGAGAUCAAGAGGGAUUCUCUCCAAGGUUCUGCUGUGAUCCUGGGAUCUGCCUGAUCUCCUCAGCCUCCACCUGCCCCCACCUUCCCUUUCCCAAAGAUCCCCUCUGGAUCCAUUCCACCAGUGGGGAAAUCUGAACUGGUUUGCUGCUGGUUCGCUGGCUGCGCAUGUCCGCUGUGCACCAAGCACGCACUACGCACACAUGAACAGUGUGCACAAAACAUGUCCUCUGUGUACAUGCGCAGUGCACACCAAAAGGAGGUUUGGGAAGGUAAGUAAAAGAGCGAGGGGGGGAAUCAGCUAUACUGCGUGAUUGAGCUUCGCUAGAAAACAGGAUUUCCUGCUUUCUAGCAAAGCUAAACCCUGCGGCACAGCUGAUCGUCAGAAACACUGCUUCAAAUUGGUAGCUUCUUAGUUUUUAUCGCCCAAACCGGAAUGAACCGGUAGCGUUUCACCCCUGACUUAAAAGAUAUAAUAUUUUCAGGAGUAAAAGCGGAUGUUGGCCUGAACUAACCAACUUGGCCUUCUGUUCUGGGCCCUCCUGUGUCUCUCCUGUGCCUCCUUCUCCUCCUUCCCUCCAGCCAAGCCCACCGUCACCAUCUCCCCCACCAAGAUGGACCCCACUUCCCCCAACACCAUCCUCCUCUGCACUGCGACGGGCUUUUACCCCGUGGAGAUCGAGAUCCAGUGGCUGAAGAACGGGCAGCCGGAGAAGGAGGGUGUGGCCUUUACAGAGGAGCUCCAGAAUGGAGACUGGACCUACCAGCUCCAGGUGAUGCUGGAGACCCAGACCCAGCGGGGGGAUGUCUACACUUGCAAGGUGGAGCACGCCAGCCUGGAGGCCCCCAUAACCGUCCAGUGGGAGCCCCGUUCCUCCAGCUCUGCCCGGAGCAAACUCUGGACGGGGAUCAUGGGGGCCGUGAUAGGAGUGGCGUUCCUGGCUGUGGGGCUCUUCUCCUAUCUGAAGAGCAAGAAAGCAAUUCCCAUCCAACCACCUGCAGCACUCAUGAAUUAAUUCUGCUCUCUGAUGCAAAAGGAUGUUUUUUCUUUAGUAGCUGUUGACCCUUUGUCCUGUUUGCAACCUCUGAGAAAUGGAGGCUGAAGGUGGCAAGUUGGGGGGAGGAGGAGAAUUGCACUUGGCCCUUCUCCUGCUGAGACCCCCUUUCCCCCAAACUUCCUAUGGGGCACCCAUUUCUUGGGAAGGGAGGGUUGGAGACCAUCUAGACUGUCCCCAGGGAUGCUGAGGUGACCUGUAACUCUAGUCCCCUCAUCUCUCCUGGCUUUGAACCCACAGCAGCUUCAUCUCCAUCACUCUUCCUCCAAAUCACUUCCCUUCGCUUUGCUAUAAAAGAAUAAACUUCUGAUGUA